AUGCUUGCAAUUACAAGAUCCCUACCUUUGAGAAUACCCACAAGGCUAUUUAGUACCACUCCAAUAUCACUUUCUGGUCAUAGUAAAUGGUCAACAAUUAAACAUGAUAAAGCUAAAAAUGAUGCAGAAAAGAAUAAAAUUGCAAAUAAAUUUUCAAAUGCUAUUGCAGUAGCAACUAAACUUGGUGGUUCAGAUCCAAGUCAUAAUGUUAGAUUAGCAACUGCAAUUGAAAAUGCACAAAAAAAUAAUGUUUUGAAAAAAGUUAUUGAACAAGCUAUUAAAAGAGGUGCUGGUAUCGGUAGUGAGAAAAAGAAUGUUGAUACUGCUUUAUAUGAAGGUGUUGGACCAGGUGGUGUUUCAUUUGUUGUUGAGUCAUUAACAGAUAAUAAGACUAGAACUAUUGGUUUGGUUCGUUCGGCAUUCACUAAAGCUGGUGGUUCAUUAUCACCAACUUUAUAUCAAUUUGAUAGAAGAGGUUUAAUUGUAAUUGAAAAAGGUGAAUUAACAUUUGAUGAUAUUUUUGAAAAAGUUAUUGAAGUUGGUGCAGAAGAUUUAGAAGAAAUUGAAGGUGAAGAUUUUAUUGAAAUUAUAACAGAUCCAAGUGAUACAGGUAAAAUUGCAGAUGAAUUAAAGAAAGAAUUUACUAUAAAAGAAGUUGGAAUUUCUUAUAUACCAAAAGAGGAUAUGUUAGUUGAUAUAUCUGAUGAAGAUACAAAGAUUAAAUAUGAUAAGUUCAUUGCAGCUCUAGAAGAAAUUUCUGAUGUUACGGAUUAUUAUUCAAACUUAAAAAAUGAAGAAUAA